AAGACAAGCUUAGUUCCAUUUCCAUUUCACUUAAAAUUCUAAACUAUAGUUCCCUUUUUUCUCUUAGAAGUUCAAGUUAUCAUGUCUCGUUCAGUUUUGGUUUCCACCAUCUUUGUCCUCCUUCUCCUUCUUGUAGCCACUGGGCCAGUGGCUGAGGCAAGGACAUGUGAGUCACAAAGUCACAAAUUCAAAGGACCAUGUGCGAGUGAUCACAACUGUGCUUCUGUGUGCCAAACAGAACGUUUCCCUGGAGGACACUGCCGUGGAUUCCGUCGUAGAUGUUUUUGCACUACACAUUGUUCUUAAGAUUAAUUAAUGUUUCACUAAUUAAGUAAUUAAUUAAUUAAUUAAUCCCUAUGUUUUUAUGCUAUGAUAUCAUGAAAGAAAGAUGAUGGAUCCAUCACCUUUUUAAUUUCUAGUACUUGUGUGUUUGAAUAAAGCUAGCUAGCUUCCCAUUUUGUUGUGGGUUUUUCUUUGUCUUUUUCUUUUUAUUUCUAUGUAGUUAAAACUUGAGAAGAAAUCAAUAAUAAUAUUAUGUGUGUUCUUGAUUUA